AGCUGUAAACACAUUUUUAUGACUGUUUCUCUUUCGAAGUUAUUUCGAAAUGCGCCUUUUAAUUAGGUUAUUUAUAUUAUGAACUUUUGUCUUUUAUAAUUACAAUGGAUAAUAUAUUGGCUCAAAAUGAAGAAUUAUUUGCUCUGCAGAGUAUAUAUGAAGAAAAAGAUUUUAUAGUGGAAGGAACUGAUCCUCCAUGUGGUCGAUUCAGAGCUAAUGUGCAAUUAAAUCAUCCAUUCUAUAUUUGUCCGAAUAAUGAAGAUGUACGGUUUUACACUUCAGAUGAAAAUGAAAGUAAAUUAUCUCGAACCGAAGUCUUCCAAGUAGAAUAUCUACCUCCAAUAAAUUUAUUUUUUGAAUUUCCUAGUACUUAUCCAUCUGAUACAUGCCCGGCAUUCUUACUUUCUUGUAACUGGCUAACCUAUGACCAACUAUCUGAAUUAUGCGAGCACCUUGAAUCAUUAUGGGUUGAAAGCUGCGGCCAGGUUAUAUUAUUCAGGUGGAUUCAGUUUCUGCAAGAAGAGACUUUAGAAUUUCUUCAUAUAAAUAAAUGUCUCGAUAUCACCAAAUUGUUGAAGUACAAAUUAAAAAUUAGGAAACGUGAAAACGAAGGAUCAGCAAGGAAAAGAGAUAUUGAUGCUUAUUCAAAAGAGGAGGAUAAUCAUACAGAGCAAUUAAAUGCGAAUUUUGAAUCGUUUACAGAUAAAGCUGUUAAUCACUCCUUGCCAAAUAUCCAACUAUCUGUAACCCGUGGUCAGGGGUCUAGAGAUUGCCGUGCAUUCUUAGAUUUACCUGAUGGCAGGAUUUUAAGAAAUUUGUUGAAGGACUUCAACGAAUAUAAAAAAUUAGAAAUAUUUGAAAAUUCUUGGCACCAGUGUAAUAUUUGUUUUCUUAAUAAGAAAGGAAUUGAUUUUAUUAUGUUUAGAUCAUGUCAACAUUAUUUUUGCCAGGAUUGUUUGAAGUCUUAUUUUGAAGUCCAGAUCAGAGAAGGAAAUGUAAAUUCAUUAAAUUGUCCAGAAGAAAAGUGUUCUUCUCAAGCUGAUGGAUCUUUAGUUAAACAAAUAGUUAACGAAGAUCUCUUUGAGAAAUAUGAUACCUUACUUUUAUCACGGACUCUGGAAAGUAUGUCAGAUAUUGCAUAUUGCCCAAGAAAAGCAUGCCAGUGUCCUUUGGUUAUUGAUUCAUGCGGAAGGAUGGGGAUGUGUCCUGCUUGUAAAUUUGUGUUUUGUCCAUUUUGCAAAAUGGCUUAUCAUGGUGUUGCCCCAUGUAAUUUUAAAUCUGAAGAGAAACAAAGGAUUUGUGACGAAUAUCUUACUGGAGAUAAUGCAUGUCGUGAAGAACUAGAAAAGCGCCAUGGAAAACGUGUCAUAAGGUCUCUGGUUGAAGAUACAUUGUCUGCUAAAUGGAUUCAUUCAUAUAGUAAAAAAUGCCCUCAUUGUGGUGCUUCGAUAGAAAAAACUGAAGGAUGUAAUAAAAUGACUUGUUUUAGGUGUGGUACAUUUUUCUGUUGGCUGUGUAUGAAACGUUUAAAAGCCUCAAAUCCAUAUUCUCACUUUAGUGAACGUAGUUCAGAAUGUUAUGAGCAGCUAUUUCCUCCUGAAUAUCUGGAAGAUGGUUUUGAUUUUGUGCCAGGAGAAUUUUUGAAUUUUUUUUAAAAACCUUUUAUUAAUGUGUCGUAACUUUUGCAGUUUCUUUCAGGAAAGUAGAAAACUUUGCAUGGUAAUCAGAUUGUUUACAGCUGAAUGUGAUAGAAUUGAUAUGUGAUGAAUAAAUUAGUUGAAAAUGGUGA